UGCUUUGUCCGCCCCCUGCGAAGACGACUACCAUUGCCUUCUAAACUCUCGCAGAAGAGCUUAGACAUUACUGAGAAUUAAUCAUUUUAAUGGAAAUUACGUUAAACAUCCGUUAUCUGUUGUUGUUAGAGCCUUAUCAUAUGGCUAGAAGAAUUAUCAUCGUUGCUGUAUGACUAGCCAAGAGAACACUACCUUAGUUACCUCCAUUAUCAUCACCAUCAACAUUAUCAGCACUUUCAUUAAUCGAAUGUCCGAAAAUGAUAGAUUUUGGCCUGUCAUUGCAAGCAUCAUUAAUGACAUCUGUUAUUGUCAUGACAGCGGUCACCGAAUUUCGGUCUCACUUCGGCCGGUUACCAAGGAAAAAGCAAGCUGUUACCAUUUCCCUUCUUAUAAGCAUCGCUUUGUUUGGUAACUUUGUACGAACAACUUUCGGUGAGGUUGUUGACGACAAGAUAAGUCGUUCCGCGAUAAACGGUCACCAGUUACCCUUUAAUGUCCUCGUCGUUCUGCCGGAAAAUGAAUCAAACAACGAUAAUUUUGGAAUUACAAUGCCGAAAGCACGACCAGUAAUUGAUAUCAGCGUGAUGGAUGCGAUCCAGUCUGGAAAGAUAGGUGCCGAUUUCCUGAAUUUCACAUAUCAUGAUUCGAAAUUCUCGGAAAAUGCAAAUUUGGCGGAACGUUUCGCAACCCUUGGUGUCGUAACAGCCUACUGUUCGCAUCGCCUGGAUGCAAUCCUUGGAUUCGCUGAUAGUUACAGUCUGGCAACCACAUCCAAGAUUACUGCUGCUUUCGGACAUGGUGUGCCAGUAAUCACUACCGCUGGAAUGGUGUCGAAUCUCGGUGAUCGGCAGACAUACCCGUUCCUCACCCGAAUACAAGGUAGCUAUCGACAAAUGGCUGAUAGUAUGUACAAGCUGAUUGCAUAUCGGGAAGAAUUCGAAAAAGGUGCAUCGAUAGACAAAGGUAAUGGAAAAUUUACCUCUGGCUCCGGGUUGCAUAGCGCCUUACGAAGUCGCUCACCGGUCCAGGAAUCACGCUUGUCGCUGGGUUAUCAGAAUCUGGUUCUCAUGUAUCACGAUAAACGUCGAGCUGUGAAUCGACCGAGAUUAGCAAAUGGUGAAGUAAUGGUUGUCGAAAGUGUUUCCAGUCACUGUUAUUUCACACUCUAUGCUAUAAAAAAUUUUUUCACCGAAAAAAGUGCUUAUUUCAAGGAGGCUUGGAAAAUUCAAACCCCCUCGUUGGCAUUCGAUGAAGAAAUUGCACGAAUUCCGGGUGAAAUUGAAAGUUGGCUAAAGAUUGUUUCGGAACUUGCCAAUGUGAUAAUAUUAUGUGCCUCGCCGAAUACUGUCCGAGAAAUUAUGCUCGCUGCAUAUGAUUUGGGUAUGGCUACAUCCGGCGAAUAUGUUUUCAUCAAUAUUGAUGUUUCCACUGGAUCGCAUGCGGAACGGCCUUGGUUACGGUCAAACGACACAACAUCUCGGGAAAAUGAGAAAGCGAAAAAAGCAUAUCAAGCACUGAAAACAAUUUCAUUGAGGCGCAGUGACUUGGAUGAAUACAAGAAUUUUGAAUCACGUGUGAAAGAACGUGCCGAGAAAAAGUACAAUUAUUCAGCUAAAACGGGUAAAGAAUAUGAGAUGAAUAAUUUUAUUAGUGCAUUUUAUGAUGCACUUUUGCUUUAUGCGAUAGCGCUGAAUGAAACACUCACUGAGGGUCUGGAUCCGCGUAAUGGGCACAAUAUAACCAGUAAAAUGUGGAGUCGAACCUUUGUUGGUAUUACGGGCAAUGUAUCAAUAGACGAGAAUGGUGAUCGUUAUUCGGAUUAUUCAUUACUCGACCUGGAUCCUCAGCAAGACAAAUUUGUUGAAGUCGCAUAUUAUUCGGGUGCAUCAAACGAAUUGAAACAAGUGGCAGAAUUUCACUGGGUUGGUGGCAGUCCACCGAGAGAUUCACCAAUAUGUGGUUGGGACCAUUCAAAAUGUCCCGAAGGUUAUCCGUUUUAUGUGUAUCUGCUCAGUGGCUCUACUAUUUUCAUCUUGAUACUCAUGUCUGGUUUCAUUUAUUUCUGGAGACGGUACCGAUUAGAAGCUGAGUUGGCAGCAAUGUCAUGGAAAAUUCGCUGGGAGGACUUGGACGGUGAUGAAGUGAAGAAAGACAAAAAGAAGAGCAGGCGAAUGCGACGUUUGCAUGGAUUCAGUUUUGAAUCCGAAGCGCUGCUCCGCUCCUAUAGCAGGACAUCAAAUGGCAGCGAAAAUUUGGAUGAAGACGAAUGGGAAUUCAGUAUUGGUCGCUUUAGACUGAGGAGCACCAGUUCCAAUGCAACCCGCAAGUUUUCGGCCCUGAUCGAUCGGAAAUUAAGUUUAUUUACUCGAAAGAAAAAUUCAAAUCAUCAAGAUUCAACGCAUGUCCAAAAUCAUAUCAGCAAGGAUUUUGAUCAUAAAAUGGAUGCUACUUCACGUUCGGGGCAGCAUGUAACGAUCAAUGAAGGUGUCGAACCCAAAGAUUACGAUACAGAAAGUGGCCGGUUGCCAUCGCCACUUUCUUUGGUUUCCAACUCGAAAAGAAAACCACCGAGUGAAGACGGUUUCGAUUUACACGCUAAGAAAAGCCUUUCGUUACGUAACCGGAAACUGUCGUUUGCUGGAUUUAGUAUUGGGAGUGGAGGUUCAGUGGAAACAAUACAGAUGCAAAAUAAUGCACAAAUAUAUACGAAAACUGCUAAUUAUAAGGGUACAAUAGUCGCAGUCAAGAAUUUGAAUAUCGAUCCAAAGAAGUAUCCGAAACUAGAUUUGACCCGCUCUAUGUUGAUGGAAUUUAAGCGGAUCAAGGAUUUACAGCAUGACCAUAUUACUAGAUUCACCGGAGCCUGUGUUGAUUGUCCACAUUAUUGUCUAGUGCAAGAAUAUUGUCCUAAAGGGUCUUUGGAAGAUAUUUUAGAAAACGAAAAAAUCGAGCUAGACAAAAUGAUGAAGUAUUCGUUGUUGCAUGAUUUAGUUAAGGGUAUGUAUUUUCUGCAUAAUUCAUUUGUUGGUUCUCAUGGUAAAUUGAAGUCAUCUAAUUGUGUUGUGGAUAGUCGAUUUGUGCUUAAAGUUACUGAUUUUGGUUUUCACGAAUUGCAUGCCAUGGAGGAUGAAAAUACAGAAGAAAUCGGCGAGCAUGCCUUUUACAAAAGAAGAUUAUGGACAGCACCAGAAAUUUUGCGUAAUCCGAAUGCAUAUAGACCGAAUGGUACAAAGGCGGGUGAUGCAUAUAGUUUUGCUAUAAUAUUGCAUGAAAUGUUGUUUCGAAAAGGUGCCUUCUAUAUGACCAACGAACCUGCACCCAAAGAAAUUUGUGAACGUGUGCAAAGAGUACCAGCGUCUGAUGAAGAAUUGUGUAGGCCGGAAAUACCAGAAAGUGCCUUAAUCGAUGGUCAAAUUGAGCCGAACCUAAUCAAUUUGAUGCUCAGUUGCUGGGCUGAAGAGUUUCAAGACCGUCCGGAUUUUGCCGUUAUUCGGAAAGUGGUUCGCUCACUGAAUAAAAGUAAUGAAACAUCCAAUGUGGUGGAUAAUUUAUUGAAACGUAUGGAACAAUAUGCAAAUAAUUUGGAAGGUUUAGUGGAAGAACGAACACAGGAAUAUCUUGCUGAGAAGCAAAAAGUUGAAGAUCUCUUGCAUCAGUUGUUGCCACGUAGUGUUGCCGAUCAGUUGAUAAGUGGACGUGCCGUGCAAGCGGAAGCAUUCGAAAGUGUUACCAUUUACUUUUCCGAUAUUGUUGGCUUUACGGCAUUAUCAUCAAUGUCAACACCUAUGCAGGUGGUUACACUACUGAACGAUUUGUAUAUGGCAUUCGACGGUGUUGUGGACAAUUUCAAAGUAUAUAAGGUGGAGACGAUCGGAGAUGCAUACAUGGUAGUAUCUGGUCUUCCUGAACGGCACAAUCACCAUGCCUCACAAAUUGCUCAGAUGUCGUUGGCUCUGUUGCAUAAAGUGAAAAAUUUUGUGAUCAGGCAUCGACCCAAUGAACAACUGAAGCUACGCAUCGGAAUCCAUUCUGGACCAGUAGUUGCUGGAGUAGUGGGAUGUAAAAUGCCACGGUACUGCUUAUUUGGUGAUACAGUAAAUACGAGUAGUCGAAUGGAAAGUACUGGUCUACCACUUCGGAUCCACGUGAGUAGCCAUACAAAAACCAUAUUGGAAAAGGAGGAUCCAGGAUUCAAUUUGGUACUUCGCGGUGAGGUGGAAAUGAAGGGUAAGGGAAAGCAGAUAACAUACUGGCUAAAAGGAUACAAUGACAUUCGUAUUCCUGAUUUUGGACCGGAAUUUGAAUAAUUAUUUGCUAAUUUUCUUCAAGGAAACCGUACAAAUCAGUCAGUUCCAAACUUUAAUAUUUAUAUUUAAUAUUUAUUAAUAUUUAUGCCAUAUUGCC